CACCCUCUCUUUAUCUUUUCAUGAUGGAUACUGAAUUCAUCCCUAACGUAAAAUUUUCUUCAAUUUCUGAAAUAUAUCCAGAAAUAAACCAACUUGAACAAAUAACAAGAUAUAAAUCAUUAAUUAGUGUAUUUGAAAAAUUAUAUAAUCGUAAACCAAAAUUUAUUGCGCGAUCACCAGGUAGAGUAAAUUUAAUCGGGGAACAUAUCGAUUAUGCAGGAUUUGGAGUAUUACCUAUGGCAAUUAGUAGAGAUUUAAUAAUUGCGGUUGAUAUUACUAAUGAAGAGAAUGAUAUGAAAGUUAGAAUAGCUAACAUAUUAAAUGAAAAAUAUCCAUCAAAAAGUUGGGAAUAUGAAGGAAAAGAAAAGAUCGUGGAAAUUAAAGUUGAAGAAGGAGUUUCUGAAUGGGAAAAUUAUUUUAAAAGUGGAUAUAAAGGAAUUCUUCAACAUUUAUCAUUAGAUAAACCCAAAGGAAUGUAUUGUUUGGUUGAUGGAAGUAUUCCUCCAGGUGCAGGAUUAUCAAGUUCAGCGGCUUAUAUUUGUUCAGUUAUUAUUGCAACUUGUUUUGCCAAUGACGUAAAGGUAACGAAGACAAAAAUUACGGAGACUGCAAUUAUAGCUGAAAGGUUUACGGGAAUGAACGCAGGAGGAAUGGAUCAAACCGUUUCGAUAUUUUCAUUAAAAGAUCAUGCUUCAUAUAUUAAAUUUUUACCAUCACUCACCGCUACUCCAAUAAAAUUACCAUCUGUUAACCCAUCAAUUGUAUUUGUUGUGGCUAAUUCUCUCAUUACUUCUGAUAAAGUAGUCACUGCUCCAACAAAUUAUAAUCUAAGAGUUGUAGAAACAAAAUUAGCGGCUUACCAUUUAGGUAAAUCUUUAUUUAAUAAUCCUUGUGAAAAUUUGAAACAAGUUUGUGACUUAUAUUCUAAUAGUGAAGAAGUUAGUAUUGAGAAUUUAAUUAAAUUAUCAAAUUAUGUUGAUAAUAUUUAUAAAGAAAAUCAAGAAGGAUUUACUUUAGAUGAAUUAAGUUCACUUUUAAAUUUGAAACAUGAUGAAAUUAAUAAUAAAUUUAUUGGUAAAUUUCCUAUUAGAGCUAAUAAAUUUCAAUUAUAUAAAAGAUCUAAACAUGUAUUUGAAGAAGCAUCAAGAGUGUUAAAGUUUUAUGAACUAUGUUUAAAUGAGGAUAAAAGAGAAAAUAUUGUUAAAGAAUUAGGUAAUUUAAUGAAUGAAAGUCAUAAAAGUUGCAAAGAAUUAUUUAAUUGUUCUUGUGAUGAAUUAGAUGAAUUGGUAAAAAUUUGUUUAGAUGGUGGGGCAUUUGGUAGUAGAUUAACUGGUGCUGGAUGGGGAGGAUGUACUGUUUCUUUAAUUUAUGAGAGUGAUAUUGAUAAAUUUAUACGUUAUGUUACGGAAAAAUAUUAUAAUAUUAAAUUUCCAAAUUUAUCAAAGGAUGAAUUAGAAAAUGUUAUUUUUGCUACUAGUCCCGGAUGUGGUGCAGCCAUUAUUACAAAUUUAUAAAAAAAUUAUAUUAUAAAUAUAUAUAUAUAUACCUAUUUUAUUUAUUAAACAAUGAAAUUUAAAAAAAAAAAGAAUAUACAACUAUUAUAACAAUUAUACAAUAAAAAUG